AUGAAUAAUAUCUAAUCACAGGGCAGCGAAUUUUAAGAGGGUUCAUAAAAUAAUAUGAAUAGUAGCACAUCUAGAAAUAAUAAAAUUAUAGUGUAAUCAAGUGAUAUAAACAUAUCUAAUACCUGCUCAAACAGUAUAAGUAAAUAAAACUCAGUAAACAACAACAUUUAAGUUAAUAAUUAGUCAAAUGGUUAAUAACUCAAUUAUUUAUCUUCGAACUCUAAUAAUUAGUCAUAAUAGCAACCUCAUUCGCCUGUAUCGAAUAAAAAUCCUUUAAAUUACACACGACGCAACUUCUUGAAAUACCAGUAACAGUAUCUUGAAUCUAAUAAUAUUUCAAUACCUAGCACAUCAAACAUUCCAACUAACAAAUCACCAACAAAUGGUGCAAGUGCAGGCUCUGUAAUUUAAAAUAUACAUAGUCUACAAUAAUAAUAGGCAUAGCAAAAUUAGCAGCAAAAUUAAGUAAAGUAGAGUGCAAAUCAUAUUUAAAAUUUAAUGCAAAUUUAUACUCCAUUAAGUAGUAAAGCAAUUAAAAGGAGACUUGUUGCUCCUAAUCACUCCUCACUAAAUAGAAGGACCUAUACAGAAAGUGAGGAAAUUCCUAUUUCUUCAGCAGCCGCUAUGUACACUCAACAAGAAAAUAUACUUAGCACAUCAGUUGGAAAUAAUAAUAAUACAAAAUAAUCCAACAGUAAUAAUUUGAAUACAUCAAUAAAUCCUAACAAUUCCUAAUCCUCGAGUAAUGGAAAUGGUUUGUUUUGCUUUACUAACAAAAGAGGAUCCACGAAUACAAGAAAACCUUUUCUUUAGCUCUCAAAUUAGUAAGCUAAUAGCUUUAUACAGUCUUAAAGUUCAAAUAAUAACAGCUAUGUUCAAAACAGCUGUUAAGGUAAUAAUUUUAAUGGGAAUGGAAUUAAUAGUAGUUAAGCAAAUAAUAAUAACUUGCAUCAAAAUGCUUAGCACAAUAAGAGUUAUGACAGACAUAAUAACCAUGAUAGAUCAUUUGAUUUACCUCAAAUUUAAACACCUUCAAGUUAGAUUGAAAAAAAAAACUUUUAAAUUGGAAUCCUAUCUUAACAAUCUGCUUCAUCUUAGGCUCAAAAUGCUUUGUAAAUUUAACAACCUAUUAAAUAGUUGCAAUAAAAUAAUUAUCAUGCUCAUAUUCCCACUCCUUAAAAUAACAACUAAAUUUUAGUAUAAUCAGGCAACUAAGAGCAAAAUAACAGAUUACAUAUUAACAAUGGAAAUCAAAACGAAUCAAAUAUCUCACCUAUCCACACACCUUAUGGCUAGUAAUUAAUCAACCGUGUCAAUAUUACAAGAAUGAAAACAAUUAAUGAUAGAAAGAGCGAUAAUAUUGAGUAUGAUGAUGAAGAACCUACAUUCAGCAGUAUUUAAAAUUAAAAUGAUUAUACUGAUUAAAGUAGUCCUUAAAUAUAAAAGAAUUAAUAAUUUCUCACCAUUUAACAAUAGUCUUAACAGAAAAGCAUUACUUAUUAGUAAAACAAUAACUAAUUUUAGAAUUAAAAUGGGAAUAUGCAAAACGGAGUUAAUAAUAUUUAAACAAAAAAUUAAAAAAUUAAUUAAUAUUUAAAUACUCCUAAUGUAUAAACUCCUAGUUAAAAUAAUACAAAAAAGUAUGUGUUUUAGCAAAAUAGGCCAAGCUAAAAUUAUUCAUCAAAUGCAAGGUCGAUUAGAGAGAGUUCAUUUGCAUCUAGAGCUAGUUCUCCUUUUUAAAAAACUACAAAUAUCAAAACUAGGACAAAAAUAAAAAUUUAAAACAAUAAUUAUGUGAAGAAAGUUCCUAAUAUAAUUACUACUUCAACUCCUCCAAGAUAAAACUCAGUUCUUUAAACUGAAAACUCAAUAUAAAAUAACAUAAAUAAUAGUAUUAAUUAACAAUAUAGCAAUAUUUAAAAGAAUUAGAAUUAAGUUUAUAUAAACUAGAAUAACAAUUAAAAUGCUCUAGCUAAUUAUGGGUCAUUGAAUAAUAAAAAUUUACAAAUUUAAACAAUUCCUGAUAGCUUGGAUGAAAUUGCUUUAAAUUUUUAAAUAGCCUCAAGAAAAAACCGCAAUUAAUCUGUCAGAAACAAUCCUGCAUACUACUAUAAUCGUGGUGAGAAAUUAAUAACAAUACAGAAUGACUAUGAAGAUAUAAGUUCCUAAGCCAGGUAUAGUAACGUCUAAUCAAGCUAAGGAAACCAUUAAAAUAAUCUUUAAUCUCAGUUUUCUUAAUCUCCGUAAAAAAUAGAGAAAAAAAAUUUAUUUCCUCAAUCAUCUAAGCAUUCUACUAACUAGCAGCUAUUCGAAAAAAGCAUUAUUGUACAGAGAGAGAAGCAAGAAUUAAUAUAAAAAGAGUAGCUAGUUAGAUAAAAAUUUAUUUAGUAGCAAUUAUAGAAAAGAAGUUAGAAUGGCUAAGAUAACUAGAAUCUUUAGAUUAAUAAGAUUUCCAAUUUAUAAACCAAAGAAGAAAGAUAAAAAUAUUAGAAAUCAAUCCUUUCAGGAAACUCUGAAAGCCCUUAAGGAAGCUAAGAAAAUACAUAUAAUAACUAAGAAAGUUUUUUACUAGAUCACAAACACUCAAAAAAUUUUGAAAAAGAUAUAAUUACUAAUGAAAAUAUUAGCAUAGUAGCUGAGAAACUACCAAAGUUUAAGUUAGAUAAAAGACCUUCACGUCUAGGAGAGCAAGAAACUAUAUAAGAGAGAGAACCUUCUAUUCCUAAAAGAUUACAAAAUGAAGGAUAUUUAAAUUAAUAAAUAUAAAAUCGCUAAGCUGAAAAAAAGGAAGAUAAAUAAUAAGAUAAAGUAAGCAUUCUUAAAUAAGAAACAUCAUCUUAAAACAGUUAGUAAAAUAAUAAUGAUAAAUAAAAUAAUUCAAAACAAAAAUGGGAUUUAUCAGAAGAAGAAUAUAAUAACUUUGGUGAUAGAUUUCCCAAAACUCUUAUAAAAAAGAAGCUUCUUGGAAGGGGUGGCUUUGCACUUGUAUGGUUAGGUGAAGAUAAGUAAACUAAAGAAAACUAUGCAGUUAAGUAGAUUCUAAGUAGUAAUGCUCACUAGACUCACAUAAAGGAAAUAUGGUUUGGCUCUUUCUUUUUCAAAAAUGGUGUAGCCAAAGAAAAAUACUAAAUGUAUAGGGGUGUCAAUAAUUUAUCUAAAAUGAUGAAUUAUGAAAUUAAAUAAGUUGAUACCUGGAUUUACUAUGAGCUCUGUGGCGAAUCUCUUGGAAGUAGUCUAUAUGAAUUGAAGGGAGAAGGAUACAGAGGUGAAGAGAGAGUAUAUAGAGUACAUUACAAAAAACUUUAUUAGAGCAUCAAAAGGGAUCUUAGGUAGUUUAAAAAGUUAAUUUUUGAACUUGCACAUGCUUUGUGGCUACUAUCUGAUUAAAGAAUUGUUCAUUCAGAUUUAAAAACAGAAAAUAUACUAGUAAAAACAAAAGAUAAUGGAGGCUUCACAGAGAUAGAGUAGGUAAAGCUGAUAGAUUACGGAAGUAGCUUUACAUUUGGUAACUUAAAACAUUUUUCUAUGGCUACUCCUGAAUAUAUGGCUCCCGAAAUAUUAAAUUUUAUUCUUUACCAGAAUUAACUUAGACACAUUCCUUAUUUGCUUGAAUAUUUAAAGAACUAUUAAAAGACUUACGUUAUUGAUAUUUGGAGUUUAGGGUGUGUAAUGAUGGAAAUAAUCAGUGGUAUUCCUUUAUGGAUGAGCUUAAAAACUAUAGUUAAGCACAAGGGAUAAGAGUUAAUUCGUCAUGGCUUAUUUGCUGCUAAAGGCAGAGUUUUUGAAAAUAUUAUCGAAAAAUAGAUUGAAGUUGUAAAAAGCAUAGACACUUAUAUUGAUGAGCAUAAUUAUAGUGGAGUUGUAGUUGAUCAAGAUUUAAGAUAUUUAGUCAAAAAAAUGCUUGUUUUAGAUCCAUCUAAAAGAAUAUCUCCAAAAGAGGUGUGUUAAUUUCUCCAUAAAAGCGUUUUAAAUACCGAUUUUGUAGAUAUAACACCAAAUAUUGAAGAUAUCACUAAUUAACAAACAAACAAAAACACCUAGAGUACAGUAGCAUCUAAUAAAAAGGAGGAUUCAGGUAAAACUGAAUUAAUCUCCAUAUAAAAUACUAAUGAAUAAGUAAAGCUUGACAUGUGUUCUUGA